GGGGAAUGAAUGUUUCAGUUUCACUUUUGAAAUAUAUGAAGGCCUAUGACCUUUUUGAAGCAAAGGCAAACGAAUGGAUAUUAAUAAUGGGAAAAAAGAAAAUUUAUAGAAAGAAUGAGGAAGUUUCACUCGAAACAACAGAAAAUGCAAAUUAUCUACCUACGUCAAUGGUUUCAGAAGAAAACGAAAAUAUUGACAAAGAGAAUGUAGACUUUAAGAUUUACCAAUACGUUGGUAAGAUAUUUUAUUUCUGUAGAGUAGAGUUGGCCGGUAUCGGGAUUUAG